GAUUGGGCUAAAAACUUUUUAAUUUAAUAUUUCUUGCCUGCUUCAAAAGCCCGAAUCAUUUAUGGCUAAGUUUGGCUUAAUAAGUUACUCUACCAGUUAACGCAGCGUUUUGACCUUUUGCCUCUUGUUUCCCUCGGCUUUUUCUCAAGGAAAAUCAAGCCGGAAAAUUCGAUCCAAAACCCUACCUCUAAGAAAACAAAAUCUUCUGAUAAGGAAAAGAAAGAAAAAAAAAUGGCUUUAUGGAGAGGUCGCACAGCUUCAUCGAAUCUCUUAAACAGGCUUCUCCAUCCACCGUCUCGCCUUCCCUACUGCAACUUCUCGUCUGUUGCGGCUGAUGUUCAUAGUCAAUCAAUGAUUGAAAAUAUGAAGAGAGAUUUACUUAAUCUUGACAUUAAUUCACAAAUUGGAAGUUGUAUGCCACUUGCUUCGAUGCGAAUCGGAACCAUUAUCCACAAUAUUGAGGUGAACCCCGGUCAAGGUGGAAAGCUGGUCCGAGCAGCUGGAACCUCAGCUAAGAUCCUCAAAGAGCCGAAAUCAAGAUACUGUUUGAUCAGACUGCCGUCGGGUGUUGAAAAGUUGAUUGAUUCUCAGUGUAGGGCAACAGUUGGUACGGUGUCGAAUCCUACCCAUGGAGCUAAGAAGCUUAGGAAGGCUGGACAGAGUCGGUGGUUGGGUAGGAGGCCAACAGUUAGGGGAGUGGCAAUGAAUCCAAUUGAUCACCCUCAUGGUGGUGGUGAGGGUCGGAGUAAAAGUAGUGGGAGUUAUGGAAAGACUUCGCGCACUCCUUGGGGCAAACCUUGUAAGUGUGGGUAUAAGACUGCUAAAAGCAAGCGCAGAAAGUAGUGCUUGAUCCAUUUGGCAUGCAGUUUCUUCAUGCAUUUUAAACGCUCAAACUUUCGUGAUUUUGAGGAAAUUUGUAUGGAUUGAGCUGUUUGAAGCUAUACGAAACUGCAUGUUUGUUCUUCUAUUGGGGAUUUGUGGCAAAUAAUCAGAUUAGUUUCAGGGUACAUGUUUCAUUUAUUCGAGAUCUCAGCUGAUCAAAUAUUCUAUUGGAGUCUCUCUUUCCGUCUGUACCUUUUAUUUUCCUUUGAGGCUUAACCAACCUAUAAUCCUGUUUGUCAAAAGAGUGAUACAUUAGUUUUAUAAUAUGCAGCUUCAACUUUGUAUGCACUAUCUAAAUCAUUUUUAACUGUGCAUCUUUGGUAUUGAUUUAUUCUUCUGUUCCACCCUGUUUUUGAUUGAUCUCUCGAAAUCUUUUUUUUUUUUUUUCUGGAGGUUGUCUUAGUAUGAAAAAACAACAUAUAAUGUGUUUCAGAAAUCUUUUUUGGAAAGGGAGUGUGUGCGAGUUGUUUAUUUCAAGAAUAGGCUGGAUUCACCCAGUUGCACUUUUUUUCAUUAUAACUAGGAAAGAAAAGAGUGCAUGAUCCCGCGAAUUACUUCUGAAUAAAUUUCAAAAUCAUAUUUAAGAACCAUAGCAUUUCGUCAUUCAUUGGUACAUCGACUUUGAUUCUCUAUUAACCAAUAAUCCGGGACCAUUAACAUGGUUAAGG